AUGGGUACAGCUACUGUUGUAUGUGGAAAGUUGGGAAGGUACGCUACAGACGGGAAUUUAAUAUGUAUUUGUAAGUAACGAUAAAUCAUUGCUAACAAAAAAACGAUUCUAAGCCGAUUUCAGUUGACAAUGUUGCUUUGUCAAUAGUUCAAUAUAUGGUAUUAUGUCAUAUUAUGGUAAAAUGAUAAAAACAAUGUGUUUUUCCAUGUCACCCAUAAUUGUUUUAAAAGAUUAAAAUAAUAAAACCUAAUAACAAAAAAGAAAUAAAAACGGUUGCUAAUGACAACCUUAUUUUUAAUAUUUCAAUAUUUUUUAACCUAAAGACCGGGGUUUUCCUCAAACAUUAAUAGGAAUUUCAAAAAAUGACCUUUCUAAAAUACGAUCCAGAUAAAAUUUCCUUCCAGGAAAGGUGUUAUACUUAAUAAUGCUGAGUAUGCUUUCUGGUAGAAAAAGUGUUCACAUAAAAAUAUGAACCCUACAAAACGUUAUAUUACAUAGUACCUAUUUAAAUUGCGUGUGGUGUCUGUGUAUAAUAUUAUAAGCAAGUAUCUACUGCAAGUUUACCCGCAACCUUCAAAUAUUUUCAUAUACCUACCGAAUAUUAUUAUGUACAAAACGAAUCACGUACCUACCGCGCGAGAUGAGCCAAGCGCGACGAAGACAGCAUGACAAGACCAAGGUAAUCGUCGUCGUCGUCGUCGAAACCAGAGUAUUAUUAUAUUUUGUGAUUUCAUUAUACGCGAUCCAAAACAACAAACGUGUUUUAUACGUCUCCCCACUAAAAAAAAAAAAUUUAAUAUAAGAGACGGUGGCGGCGGAACCUGAUCUGCUUCUGAGUACAUUGCGCGCGUACGUCGUUCAUCGGCGGUAGUGACGUACGAUCACUCGCGCACUACACCCGGUCUGUGUCACGCGUCAUCGAACUAACUGCAAUAUCAUCUCUGCGCCAACACUCUCCCGUAGUUCCGUCGUCGAUAAUCGCACACCGGCAAGUAUGUUAUUGUUAUUAUUAUUAUUUACUUUGUACGAUUAUUCGAUUUGUAUUUUUAUCGGAUAACAUUAAUUACAUUUUUACAUUUCGUAAUUAUUAUUUAUUAAAAAUUAAAUAAUUUGAUUUGUUUAAAAUAUUGAAAAAAUAUAUUUAAGAUAAUAGAUAAGAUGGAUCUUUAAUAUUUUUGCGGUUAUGAAUAUUGGUGCGCAACGGAUUUUAUAUUACAGUUUACUCGAGUCACUGUAAUAAAACCAACAAAAAAAAGACCUACCAUUUCCUUUCCUAUACCCUAUGCUAAUCGUGCUCCUAAUGUCUGUCUUUCGGACAUUAGGAUCAUUGAUCCGUGCUCUACAAUGUAUUCAGCAUAGCAGUGGCCUAUUCAUAUUUAUAUCAAAUAGUGUACAUCUAUGUGCGUGAUGCAGCGCAAACAUUACUAUGCAGUAAUGACUGUGACGUUUGGGGUUAUACGAGUAAUACGAUUGAGAACGAUCGAAAUGGAACAAUGAUAUAGCCACUGACCGCCAAAAAAAUUGUUCACUCAACGGCGACUAAACCCGUAAGCAGGCGGUUUGUGAAUUGGAUAGUGGUUGGCGGGCCCACGUUCUGAUGCGUUAUCAUGCAUCCGGGGCUUGCUCUGAUGCCUCCGAGUCUUUUAAAUAGCUACCCUUAGCUAAUAUAAGGUACCCGGUUGUACCGUGUUUUAGGCAUGGAUUAAAAAUCGGGUCUGCUGACCUCCAAAAAAUAAUACUAUUGAGAACGAAAUCAUGUGCAGCGUUGCUGAACUAUAUUCAAGUCAAAACUCAUAAAUAAAUAACUAUAAAAAACUUUUGCGAAAUUUCAUGUGAUGUCAAAAAUGAGUUAUAUUUUAAUUUCUCGAUAUAGAUUUCCCACACACGUUAAAUAUUUUAUUAAUCCUUUCGACGAUUUAUUUUAACAGUAAUUACUAUACGAUAGAAAUAUAUAAGUUCAAAUAUAUAUAUUUUUGAUUACUAUAUUAUGAUUUGUGAUGGUUGGAUUUUCAGAUCACUAUAUAUUUGGCAACUUAUGGAAUUAUAAAAACUUAGCGUUCUCAAUUGUAAUAUUUCUGCAACGCGUUGAACAUAAGAACAUCCUACCUGUUAUAUACCUAUAUAGAUAAAUAGGUUUUAAUAAAUCUUUCAUUCAAGAUUCAUUUUUUCGGUUUACUUUGAGAUUUUAAAUAUUGAAAUUUCCAAAUGAAUAUCCCGCGGACUGUAACUAUAACCAUUGAUUUAUAUUCUAAUAUUGAUGCUAUAACGAAUAUUCAUAUAUAUCUAGGUUGAUUUUGUUCAUGUCAGAAUCGAUUGUUGAAUAUAUCUAGUAUAAAAAAACUAAAACCUACCGUUUUGUAAAUUUAUUGUAAUAAUAAUAUUUAUGAGCAUAAUAUAAUAAUAAUAUAGUGAAUGACAUUUUCGGUUUCCAACACACCUUAAGUAGUACUUCAAUAAAACCGUAAUUUUGUACGUGCAGGUUGUCUAUAUACAAAUGUACCUACCUAAUAAGGUAUGUAUAAGUAAUAAUUUAACGUUUCGGUCUAGUUCAGUCAUUGAUUUACAUUUUACUUACAAUUUAUAUAGUAGAUACCAACCUAAGUUGAAUAAUUAUUGUUCCUUAAUUUUUUUUUAAAAUAAUAUAUUCAUAGGUAUGAUUGUCACUGUGGUAUAGUUACCAUGUAUAGUAGUUGUCAGUGCAUGUGCAUUAGAGGUAUCUAAUAAACUGUAAAAUACGCUUUUAGUAGGUAAGUAAGUACAAGUUUUCAUCUCGAUCAAUAUAAUAUUAAAUAUAUUACAGUUUAAUAACCAAUAGGUAUACUGAUUGUAAUUUCUAAUUUUUUUUUUUUUUAAGAAUUUAUUGGCUUCAACAUCUAAGAUUAAUAACCAAAAUCCAUUUAGGUUAAAGGUUAAAACUUUUAUAACUGUUUAACAUUAAAAAUGUAUAUUAAUUAUUAUAUUCGUAUGAACGUAAUUAUAUUAAUACACGCAUGAAUAUUGUAUAACAUAAAAUUCAUAUUAUGAGUUUAAUAAAAUCUAUUUUUAUGAAAUUUCAUAUUGAAAAAAAUAUCAAAAAAUGUUUAUAUGUAAAAUUAAAAUCACAAAAUAUACGAUUUAACCGGUAAUUUAUAUUCGUUAUGGGUAUAAUAAAUUGCACGUCAUCAGUGGCGCUCUCAGUGUUUAAAUAAGGGGAGAGGACAAUCUGAAUAAAAAAUCUAAUCUGCAAUUGUAAUAUCUUUUGAGUUCAUAUAUAAUGUAUAUUUGAACUAAAUCAUUAAGUAGUUAUGCAAUUGUGUGAAAAUCAACUAUAUAAUUAAUUUAACGCACAGUAAGUCUUAAAAAUUAUUAUUUUAAUAAAAAUAAAAAAUAAAAAAAAAACAAUAAAAUAAUAAAAUAUUCAUAAAAAAAAUAAUCAUUAAAAAAAAUGCCAAGGAACGGAUAUAAUACUCUAACUCCCCUGUGUGCAAGGCCCUGUACGAGUAUAUUAGUAUAUUAGCAUGCGUGUUUAAUUUUAAUUGAUGAUUUUAAAUGAAGAUACUUAGGUACUUUUCUAAGUAAUGAUUUCUAAGUAUGAUUGUGUAUUCUACGACCUAGAUUUAAGGUUGAAAAAAAAUAGUUUAUUCUUAAAACAAUGGAAUUUAUAAUUUAUUAUAUGACUAGCAUAAUAAUUUAUACUUAAGUAAUAAUUUAAAUUUUGAAUACCUAAUUCCUCGAACAACCGUUCCCAAAUAUACAAAUUUCAACAUAAUAUUUCCAUCCCACAAUGAAUAUAUAACAAUAAGUGGUGAGUAUUAUACGAAUUUGGCCCCAAUGCGAAAAAUAAAAAGUACCCCUUUUUAUUGGGUUUAAAUGUAAAAGAAUAAAACUAUAGUUAUGUUUACCUAAUAGUAUAUUUUUUACUCUUUUUUUUUUUAUUGUAUUAAAUAAGUAUAAAUGAACAUUAUUUUUAGUUAGUUAUAUAUAUUUAUCAAUAUAUAUUUUAUUAACUGUUAAAGUUUUGCUUUAUGAGCUUUUAAAUUCGCAAAGUUGUCAAUAAACUUGGAAAAGUUCAUGAUUCUCAGAAACGCAUUUAAGGAGAGAGAACGGGGGUCAAUCAACCCAGGCGCCAAAUUCUGAACCCCUAGAAGGGGUGCCGUCGCCAGAGAUUAAAUUGUUUUUAAAGUGAACUAAAAUAAAAUAAUUAAUUUUUAAUAUUUUAUUUUAUUAGAUUUAUAAUAUUAUAUUGAGGUAUUAUAUUAUAAAAAAAUAGUAAUAACCGAUAAAUCAGAAAUUCUUUAUUAUUAAAAUAACUUAUUUUUCUACCCAUCCUUGUUCCUAACCACGUAUUUUAUUGAUAUCUACCGGUUGCCAUAAUAUAUUAUUUAUAACUAGGCAUAAUAUAUUUAUAACAUUUUCUAUUUUCACAACACUACUAACCUCGGUUAGAUCAUGCUACGAACAAUAAUAUUGAAAUGUGAUAAGUGAUAACCUCAAUUUUAUAAAUGUAUUCUGUAUUUCUAUGAAUAUUAUCUAUCUAAAAUUAUUUAAUAUUUGUAUGUGUCAAGUUUGUGUGUUAAUCUGUACAUGCGACAUUACAAUUUGUAAAUUAGUUAUUUGUUACUAUGCUAUUGAAGAGUAUAUUCACCAUUAAUAAAAAAGAAAUUUAAGGUGGGUAUUUUAUUAGUUUUUAAACUUUAGGUGAAGCGAAGAAGCUUAUAGUUUUACAAAGUUUUUUUUUUCUUAUAUGAAUCAACUUUUAUACUAGAAAUCUUGCUUCAAUUUUUAAGUGUAGCACAUUUUCUGAAAGGAAAUCGGCGUGGAGAGAUACUUUAAGAAGGUCGUUUUUCGAUUUUCCCAGGAGUUAUCUCAACAAAUGUGAAAAAUCAAAAAAAAAAAAAACUAAGGAAAAACUGGAAAAUUUAGGAAAUGUAGAUAUUGAUUAAAAAUAUUACGGCCUUCUUUUUUUCUGUAAACAAAUUUGUAUCAGGAAUUUUGCUCCGAUUUACAAUGAUAGCACUUCUUCUGAAAGGAAAUCUGAUUGAAAGGUACUUUAGGUAGGUCAUAUUUUGUUUUUCUCAGGAUUUUUAUCAACAUUGGGAAAAGCAGGGAAAAAACGAGAAAAUAUAUGAAAUGUAGGUAUUUGUUAAUAUUUAAUUAAUUAUUGUAUUAUUUGUUAUUAUGCCCAUUUUAAAUUGAAAUAGAAAUUGGGCGUCAAAAUUUGAGUACCUAGGGCGAUAAAAUCAUAAAUACGCCUCUGUUGAUUCUAUUUCUCCAGCUUCAAUGUUUAAGAACGCGGUGUCUGAUAUAGUCAUUCUUUGGAGUAGAACAGAAUAGGUACUCUUAAAAAAUGUUUAAUUUUCAAAAUUCAAUUGUAGCUACAGUUACAACCAUAGGUGCCAGGUUUUGAAAAUAUCAAUGGGGGCCAAACUUACUACAUUUCAGCCUUAAGUUUUACCCUUCCAAAUAAUUUAAAUAUGUAGUUAAAGAGUAGAGAGACGCAGGAAGGGGAUUACUUAUGUACACAUUUUUAAGUGUCUCCUCUUAAAUUUGUUUUGCAAUAAACAAUUAUAUGACAGGGGAACGCUCAAAAUUGUCCAUUGAUAACGGUUCCCCCUCAGAUGUUUUGUAACUUAAAGUCCUAGUUUAAACUAGAUCAAAUAUGUAAAAUAUUCAUUUAAUUUUUAUUUAAUUUUAAUAAUAUCACAUUAAUUUAAAGAAAAUGUAUUCUAUCUAACUUUACUCAUUAUAAUUUCAUUAUUAACAAUGUUCUGGAAUCUCAGAUAUAUUAUUUCGUAAACACGAUUUGGGAAACUCAAUCUCAAACUUAAACUUUUCAAUGGGGGCUGCGGUUUCCAUGCACCCAUGCAAUCGGGGCCUAUGGUUACAACUAGGAAUUGUUAAAGAAAUAAUAAAUAACGAACAUACCUACUUAUGGAAAACUAUUGCUCAUAUUAUCAUAGUAUUUUAUUUUUAAUAAUUCGACAAAUUUUCAUAUAUAUUUUUCACUUCUUAAUGUUUUUAAAUAACAUAAUAAUUAAUUGAAUUAGUAACGGUUCAGAGAAAUAAUUUGGAUAUUGUUAUUGUAAUAAUAUUGUUUUGUCUUUAAGUUCUAAAGAAGCAGAAAGAUCCACUAGAUUUAGGGGAGAAGCCUAAUGUAAUCACAUUCCCUUUUCAGUUAAUUGAUAUUCAAAUAACAAUCUAAAUUAUUUUUGAGUUUUUUUUCAAUAUACACCAAUGUUUGUAUCGGUCUCGCCGAUCUUCACAUUCAGCGAUACUAAAAACUAUAUCUGAAUAAUCGAAGUAAUUAAACAUCGGAAAAUUAAAACUAUUGAAAACGUAGAUUUUCUAUUUAAUUUCGACUUGGUAAAUAAUGUUCUAUUCUACUCUACAACUUUAAAUUUAAAAUUGCUUUGUCUCAAAUGAUAAAAUAUUUAUAGAUGCUACAAAAAUGCUGUGAUAUAUGUUAUACUAUUAUAUAUUAAGGGCAGCCAAACGGUGGAUGACAAUCGACUGGUAGAUCGCAAAUGAUUACAAUGUCGAUCUUUGUUUGUUAAAAUUUAUUUUUAUACAAUUAGUAAAUAGAUCACAAUUGCCGAUAAUUUUUAUCUCAUUAGAUCAUUUGAUAUCAAUGUAUAAAGUAAUACAAUUCAACAGUUUUUAUGCUGCCAGUUGUAUUUCUGGUAUAUUUAAUUUACAAUUUGAUAUUAGAGUCUUACUAAAAGUAUAAUGAUUAACAUUAUUUAACUAUAUAUUUAGUUGUAAAUAAGGUUCUUAAAGAAAAAAUAUAUUCUUAGUAGACUUCUACCAAAAAAAUGUGUCCGUCAUUUGUAUAUAUCAAUUAUUAUUAUUUAAGCAAUCGACGGAAUCUUCAUUUAAAAAAGUUUAACGGAGUCGAUAACCGGUGCAAUCGAUAUAUUUUUUACAGGUAAAAAGCAUGUAGGAUAAUUCCGUGGGCAGACCUAUUUUUGACCAAAAUCGACCUUUUUGUUUUCGUCCAAAGUAAUAUUAUACAUCGUAAACGAAAAAUACAUUUUUGAGUCGUAAACAAUAAAAUGCUUUAAGCUUAAAUAGGAAACUCCAGAUUCUAAAUUAAAUUAUAUACCGUAAUUUCGACGAUGAAUCAGAUAAGCUAUAAUUGAAAAUUGCGUGAAUUAAAUAAUUCACGCAAAUAAAUAAGCUAAAUAAGCUUAAAAAAGCUUAAAUAAGCUUAUUUAGCUUUAGAAAAUAUAGGUGUAAUUAUAACUUAUUGAGGCGAACAGUUUUUAGUUCUUAAUGAUAAAAUAAAAAAUAUUUUUAUUUUUUUAUGUGAUACAAAUUUAAAAAUGUUGUGUUUGGUUGAUUAAAUCUACGUCGAUAGAACAUUUAAAUGAUGUGCUCGAUUUUAUACAGGUAUAAAUAACACUUUUAAUAAAAAAAAAUACAAUAGUACCUAAACAAAAUGUUAUUUUUGUUUAUGACGAAUAAUAUUACUUUGGGCGAAAACCAUAUCAUUUUUUUUUGAGUUUGGGUAAAAAAGGUCAUUUGAGCAAAAACCAAAAGGUCGAUUUUGAGUGAAAACAUGUACGCCCGAUUAGCGAAUGCUGUUUUUGAGGUCUGUGCUUUAACCAAAUUUUGGUUAGUGGGUUAUGUAUAGUUCAGUGGAGGCCCUUAUAAGUUUGAAGUAUAAUAAUAAUUUAUUACUGAUUUAUUCAUAAAAUAAAAGUAUUAGUAGACUAGUGCAGGCGGUAUAGUGAUGGUGAUAAAUAUGAAAAAUAGUUGGACUUUAUUGCAAAAAAACAAAAAUGUUCUUCACGUCACUGCAUUAGAAUAUUAUACAAAAUUAAAUUGUUUCGUGUUAUAGGUAUAAAUGUAAAAUAUAUCAAUAAGUCGUUAAAUUAUAAUAUUAUAUGUAUUUGGUUAGGUUAGUAGUAUAGCAUGGUUGUUCUUAUUAUUUAUAUUAUUACCAAGGUAUUAUUAUAAAUCGAUUUGAAGCCAUUUCGACGUUCGUAUACAACAGUCAAUGUAUUAUUUAUUACGAUGUUAUUCGCAUUAGUUAGUAUAUGAACAAUGUUCAUAUAUUAUUAAUAUCAAAUUUAAAUAGCUUUGAAAAAUCAAAAUUUCCUAUUUUCCAUUUAUUUACAACAACAAUUAAAUUAAUUAAUUUGUUUUGUUUUUUGCGAUAAUAUGUUUUGAUGUAACAUUUUUCAUGUCGUUAGCAAGUUUAACCUGCAUACACAUGACCUUGUGCGUAAAUGUGUAUUAUUUUUUGUUUUUUAUUUUUUUAGUUAAUACGUGAUUUUUUCAACUACAAAUAACUAUUGUAUACUAUGUAUCUAUAUGAUAUUUUGAUAUUAAAAUAUAGGACAUAGGUAUAUCUAUAAAUACCUAUCUAUAAAUUAUAUAAUUUCAAGUGCAAAAAUUAGACGUGGAACUUGACAUUAAUUUAGUGAUUUUUUUGAUUUAUUUAUUUGUUUUGAUGAAUAAGUUAUUUUUAAUAUUAUAAUAUUCAAAUAUAUAAAUAAAAAAUAAUAUAUAAUCUGUGAAAUUGUGAUAGGUGAUAGUAGUAUAUUAUACAGCAUAAACCGUAAUACAAAGUGCAUAUUUUAUUAGGCCAAUGUAUUCAACUUUCAUCAUUUUAUAAUUCAUUUAGGAUUCUGAGUGGAGCGAGGAACAUAUUGUUUUUACAAUGAUGUUUAUUUAUAUUUUUUUUUUCUGUGGACAGUUUUUCUACCAGCAAUUUUACUCCGAUUUACAAUGAUAGCACUUUUUCUGACAGGAAAUCUGACUGGAGUUGUACUUUAAAGAUGUCAUUUUUUGAUUUUCUCAGGAGUUUUCCCAAUAAAUAGGAAAAUAGCAAAAUAGGUACAAUAAUAAACAAAUAUUAUUAAAGAAAAUAUAUUAUGCACAUGGAAUUAUUUUACCAUAAUAUGACAUGUAUAUUGUUGACAAAGCAACACUAUUAACCGAACUCUUCUCAGAAUCGUUUUUCGUUAACAAUGGUUAAUCGUUGUGUACAAAUUGCAGAUAAACAUUAAAUUUCCCCUCUAUUACCAACCCAUUUUCUCACUUAUAAUAGUGUUGAAGUAUGUCCGUCUUUUUUAUCAUAAAUCUGUAUACAAACCUAUACAUAAAUAUAUUUAUUUAUCGUUCGUCGAGUGCAUUAUAAUAAUAUACUAUAGUUGAUUAAAAAUAAUAACCACCUAUACUAUAGGAAGGUACAUCUUUGUACAAUGUACAUUGGUAUGUUUGAAAUGUUUGUAUUAUAAUUUAUAAUUUUAAAAUACCAAUUUCCACGAUUAUUAUAAAUAUAAAGAAAACGUGAUUGUCUUAUCGACAAUAUAAUAAUUAAACAAUGUCUUAGAUUAAUUUUUUUUAAAAGGUACCAAAGUUCGUUAUUGAGCAUUCGAUCCACCGUUAUCAUAAAUCACAUUAUAUACCAAAAAAAACAUUGUCGAGGGUUCUUGCCUUAUUUCGCGAAACGUUGUAAUAUUUUUUAUGUAUACCUACUUAGUAUUUCCUAUUGGUUAGUACUUUAUUUAGAGGGCUUGAAUAAAUUUCAGGAGCUAACUCUUUCUUUCUCAAGUCUAUAAAUAUAUUUAAAUCCAAAUGUUUGGGUUCUUCUUUAAACUUUAAGCUUAUGCAUUUUGUCAAGAUUGAUUAUAAUCGGCAAUAAAAGUUAUAUCAACAGCUCUGUCAUUGUGCUAUUUUAUAGUAAAAUAUGUAAAAUAUUAUCGAAGAAACAUCAUGCGAUCUAAUAAUUUAAUUGGUUUCUAUUUUCGUUUAAUGGUUUAGAAAACAAUAUUAUUAAUCUGUUAAAACUAUAUCUAAUUAUAUUAUCAUAUUGAAACACGACAAAGCUAAGGGGAAAAACAUACAUCUAUUAUAAUAUUAUUAAUAUAUUAUAAUUUUGUCGCUUUAGGUUUGGAAAUGUCUGCUCUUCCUAUACUGUUGCACAUGGUUGCGUGCUUGUGGUAUAUGGUCUUUUGGAACCACUAUUUAGCCGAACGUGCCAUUCCAGAAGAAGAAUGGGAUCCUCAGUACAAGAACAUUCACGAUAUGGGAUAUAGGUAUCUGACCAAUUGGAAUCUGGUAAAUCUAUUUAUAAAGUUUUCUUAAAUAUUUACGAAAGGAUUAAAAAUCUCAAGAACUAUAGCCGAAAAGUACCAUUUUGUUAUGAUACAGGGGCAAAAUAGUACUAACAGUCGUUAAAGUGAAAACAACUUCGAGGGGGAACUAUAUUUAUCAAAAAUUGAGGGGUAUUUCUGAGAACAAACUAUUCCUAACCAAAUUUUUGGAAACCCGAUGAUUUAAGACUUUCAAAAUAUAUUUAUCCGGUUCUCUCAUACACAUGCGUAGUAGUGCUACUAGGGAUUAAAAAUAAACUGCAUCCCCAAAACAUUACCCUAUGGCCUACAUAGACCAUAUACUUGCUCAAUAAAUUAAAGUAAAACAGUUUGAUAUUAUGUAUAAGCCGAUAUUAAAGAAUUGAGUUUUAAUAGAACUAAUUUGAGGUUUUAAAGCUUUAUUAAAAAUACCUCAUUACUAAUUUAACCAAUAACUAAAAAUAUGUCCCCUCGACUUAUAUAUUAUAAAACCUAGUAAUAAUAAAUGAAAAAAAAAAAAAUUUUGAUCAUAAUAAUAUUAUGAAUUUAUUUUUUAUUUAUAGUUCAUGCAGACGAUUUUUUUUGUUGGUUGCUUAUUACACGAUAUAAUGAAAAUGUUGAACGGACCUAAUUGGUUGAAAUUAGGUUCAAAAUUUCAAAAUUUGCUAUCAUUACAUUUUUCAUCGGUAUUAUUGCCUACCAGCAUUGUAAGUACCUCUUAUAAUAUUUUGGGUUGAUUAAUUAAAUUUUGAUUAUUAAGUAAUUAGGUAAGUAAACAGGUAUUUCACAAUAUCGGAGAUAUCAUCACUUCGAUAGUCUAGUUAAGUAAAAUUGUUAAGCGAAAUUAAAUAAACCAAUAGGAAAAUUUAAUACAACAAAUUAAUGUAAUAAUUAUUUAAAAUACAGUAGAAUAAAUCCAGCCGAAUUACCUUUUUAAAAAUAAAGAGGAAGAUGGAUUUUGAAAACAAUAGUUUCUAGUUUAAAGUAGGCAAAAUAUUAUUAUGUCUGUGAGAGAAUAAUUGUGUUGGGAAAAUAUUACUACCGAAUGAGAUGGAAAAUGGUAAACAAAUAAUAUAAAAACUAUGUUUAGUAUACAUUACAUACCGACGAGGACCAAUGAUUACUUUAAAUUUAUUAUUUUAGUUUUGAUCAAAACGAGCCUUAUUCAAAGAAUAAAGAAUAUCAAAAUAAACCCAUUUAAACAACAGUAAACUCCCGAUUUUCACCGAUUACACUGAAAAUUAAUGAGAACCUUCUUUAGAGUAUAACUAAUCUGUGAAAACCGCAUUCACAAAUUCGCAACCAUAUAAGAGUAUACAAACAAAAAAGUCAUCAUCAGGUAUAUCACAGUCAAAAUUUAAAACGUGACUUACAUUUUCGCUUUUUUGAGUGGCAUUUUACAUUUUGACUGUGAUAUACCUGAUGAAUUUUUAAUUUGAAACCGGUCGUAAAGUACACUUAUCAUAAUACUCUAGGCGACGCAUUUAUUAAUUUAUUUAUUUAAAAUUUUUAUGUAUACAUUUUUUAUUUAUAUAUUUAUUUGCGAUAUUAGGUUGAACUCUUUUGUUCCAUUAAUUGUAUUUUAUCAAAACAAUUUUAAUCUCAUAAAACCAAAUAAAUCCUAAAUAACUCGAAAAUUUCAAAUGGUUGUAAUUGAAAAGUUGCUAGAAUUAAAGACUCAAAAAUAAAUUAUGUAAUUAUUAUUAUUAUCUGAAAGGCAUAAAAUAUUCAAUAUGAAGACAAAACAGUGUGUAGAGUUUCGGGAAAGUAUAUCUCCAAAAUACAUAUGUUUGUAAAGCUUUGAUGAUAUAAGAAGUGGAGUUUAGAAUCUGAAUAUACGAUUAUUUUCAAAUAUAUCAUGACAUUAUAUUUUCACCCAUAAAAUGAAGAUUUCGAUGUUCUGUAAAGUCAUAUAUUAUAAUUUGCAACAAAUAAUUAUUAAUAUAAGUUUUUAAUAAUAACAUAUUAUAUUUAAUAUUAGUAAUUAUUAAGGCAGAUAUUUAUAUACCUAAAAACCUUUAUAUAUAUGCGCUAAAAAACAAAUAAAAGUUUGCAAAUGCGUAUAAAUAUCUGCUCUAUUAGUUAUUAUUAUUAUUAAUAUACCUACGUGAAUACAUUUUUUUUAGUUUGUGUGUGUAGCAUUUUGGUUGAUGUACGCAUAUGAUCGUGAAAUCGUUUACCCGAAAAUUGUCGAUACAUAUGUGCCGUAUUGGCUCAAUCAUGGAAUGCACACGGUUAUUUUGCCACUUAUAUUGGGUGAAUUGUUCACCACCAGACAUAAAUUCCCAUCGAUAUUGGCUUCGCUUUCAUUAUUUAUGGCGUUUGUGAUUUGUUACGGAAUCGUGUAAGUUUUACUGUCAGAGAUUUAAAAAAAAACUUAUGUAAAUCUUAUGUAUACUCUAUUUAUAAUGAACCGGAUUUUCUCGGAUAAUUUUAAGUGGAUAUGAUUUAUGUAUUUAUUAAUCAUUAAGGAAUCGUUAAAGUAUAUUUUAAUACUAUUUUCAAAUAGUUCAAAAACCACUUCAGCUUUUUAAACAAUAAAGAAUUGAGAUUAUUUUGGAGUUGGGAUAAAAAAAAUUAAAUGAAAUCGUUUUGGUUUUAUUUUAAUACCAUAAUAAAACCAAAACGAUUUCAUAACGAUUAAUUAAAACAGAAAACAAAUUCACUUAAAAUCCUCCGAGAAUAUCGCUAAUUCGUGAUGAAUGAAUCACUUUGUGUAUUGAUUGUAUUUUUGAUUCUAGUUUCUUGGAAACAUACGUAGAAAAAGGACGUUGGGUGUACCCUUUGUUUGGAAUGCACAGUGUACCAGUUGCACUUGGAAUUAUGUUAGCUUUAAUUGUAAAACAAGUUAUAUUUUUAUUUGUUGGUAUAGCCAUUCAAAACAUUUAUUGGGGUGAGUGUAAUAUUAUUAUCUCGAUUAAUAACGAUAUUUAUAAAUAAUAAUUUAUUAAUUUCGUGUUACAAUUCUAUAAUAUGCUAAUAAUUUUAUAUAUAUUCGUAUAAUCAACUAAUCAUUUUAUUAUACAUUUAACUACAUUAGAUACAUUAUUUUUAUUAAUGAACAAAUUUAAUUUUUAAUUGAAUUUGAACGGAUAGCCAUGGUUAUUGAUAAGUGUUUUUUGAUAGCUAGGUUAUAAAUAAAUAAUUUUUAAAUUCCAAAAUUAAAAUAUUUUCUCUCAUAUCUAUUAUGCAUUGAUGUUUAUUGAUGUAUUUUCGAAUAUUAAAAAAAAAAAGUAAUUUAAAUAUUUUACAAUAAUUAAAGCGAGAUGAAGUAUUUUAUGAGAUCGUUUGAAAUAAUUAACAAUAAUAAAAUGGAACUAAAUCAAACGACCAAAAUUAAAAAAUUAUAUACUUUGCAAUGUGCGUACAAUUAUUUUUCUGCCAAGCCAUGAUCUUAUAAAUAUAAAUUAACUUUAAAGGUUGGUUCUAACUGUUUAUAGACAAUAUUUUAAAAUUAUACAUCACAUUUUACAGUAAAAUCAAAAACUAUUUAGAAAUACAGUAAUAAAUUAUAAAUAUUAUAUGAUUAUUGAAUAUUUUAUGAUGUAUAGGUAUAUAUACGAACAAAAUUUAAAAAAUUAAUUUUAAUCAAAUAAAUUUAUUAAUUAUACUACAUAUUUUUGUAUACAGGAAAAGAAGAAACAAAACGAUACAGAAAACCCGCGGUCAAGAAAUCAAACUAA